UGUGUCUGCAACCUCUUUGUGCAACAGCUACAAUUCACUGGGCUACUUCCUUGCAGUCCCUUCCUCAGUACCUUCUUUAUCCUUACCACAGGACUUUCCUUCUGGUACUAGACAGUAUUUCUAGCUCCCAGACCUUCAACAAUGCAACUUCUUACUCUGGCUCCUUGCGUGCUUGGAACAAAAGUUUCAGGGCAUAGAGAAUUGCAGAGAUUAAUUAAACCACUAAAGGUCGAAUUUCACGCACUAAACCUCAACAGCACUUUGCAUUGGCAGCCUGGGAGUGAUGCCGCAGGUGACAUUACCUACUUUGUGCAGUACAAAGUGUAUGGGCAAAACCUAUGGAAAAACAAAGAAGAAUGUUGGGGUAUUCGUGAAGUUUUUUGUGACCUAACACAUGAGACAUCUGAUAUCAGAGAACCUUAUUAUGGCAGAGUGAAAUCUGUUUCAGCUGGAGUCCAUUCCGAUUGGAACACCAGCAGCAGAUUUACUCCCUGGAGGGAAACAAAGAUAGGACCUCCGUCAUUAAAAGUGACUCCUAGAAACAAGUCCAUACAAUUAAAGCUCCGGGCUCCAAAUUCACCUUAUAAAAGACGAAGAGGCAGCAAGAUACCAAUGACAAACUAUUAUGAUCUAUUAUAUCGUGUGUUUCUAAUCAGCAACAUGCUAGAUGAAAAACAAAAAAUACUGAUGUAUGAAGGAACAGACAAAGUUGUUAAAAUUGAAGAUUUGAAAUCCGAAGUCAGUUACUGCAUAGUGGUUGAAACCUACUUGCCAAUGCUGGAUCGCAGCAGCGCGUGUAGCAGUAAGAUAUGCACAGUGCCCUUGUGACAUGAUAACAGUGGAAGAGGUUACUCUCAAUUCUUCCUUCUCUACUGGUCAUAGAGUGGAUUCCUCUAUUUUUGAACAUUUGCACGCCCAUGGGCAAAUGUCUUUAAAAUAACCGAUGGACUCCAAUGCUUCACCAAAUCCAAUUAAUGUAACAUUGAGCACAAGAAAUAAAAUCUUUACAUAUCACAACU